GGCAAAUAAAAGUUCUCACUUAUUCAAUGACUGUGAAAGCACGUGAAAGUGUUCAUUGAGCACUAAGCUGAGAAACAGUCCCACGUGCAUCGCUGAAAUCGCGCGCAUGAGCACAUCCUUCCACCUUGUAUCCCGGACAACGGUGGUCAAUACACACGGCGACGGUUUGGUAGUUUCCCCUAAAGAAGCGACAUAAUGAAGUUCAAAAUUUACACUACUAAAGAAUCUAAAUCCAAAGAAGCAAUUUCUGCUUUAGGUUGGUGCAACAACGAGGAGAUUUAUAGCUGCAGUGAUGAUCACCAGUUAUUCCGUUGGACGUCCACAAACAGAGAGUUCAUGCAAGUGGCAAAGUUACCGGACGACUUCAACCCCACCGAUCUGCACUGGUUGCUACCGAAAGGGGCCGCUGCUAACAGUUCGGGUGCUGCCGGUGCCAAAGGAAGCGACACCCUGCUGAUUUGCAGUGCCGAUGGGCGGUUCAUUAUACUGAACAAAAGUGCACGAGUCGAAAGAAACGUUUCAGCGCACAAUGCUACCAUAGUUUCCGGACGGUGGAGUCCCGAUGGCGCGGGAUUGCUAACUGCUGGGGAAGAUGGGAUCAUAAAAAUUUGGUCACGCUCGGGGAUGCUUCGAUCGACGGUUGUUCAGCACGAGGGUCAAAUUCGUUGCGCCCGUUGGGCACCGAAUGCAACUGCAAUCGUGUACUGCCAGGGACCAUUUGUGGCGAUCAAACCACUGGCUGCCAACAGUAAGCUGACCAAGUGGCGAGCCCACGAUGGGUUGGUGUUGUGCAUUGCUUGGUCGAAUAAUACCGAUAUGAUAGCAUCGGGUGGCGAGGACUGCCGGUACAAAGUUUGGGAUACACAAGGAGCGAAUAUCUACACUAGUGUGAGCGAUGACUAUGCCAUUACUUCGUUGGAUUUUAGUCCAGAUGGAGAACUGCUCGCCGUCGGAGGAUUCAAUAUGCUAAAGUUGUGUCAUUACUCUGGGUGGAGUCACAGUAUCAACCGAUUCAACCAGGAAACCGUGGGUUCUAUGUUCAACAUCGCAUGGUCCGCGGAUGGAACUCAAAUAACGGCUGGCACCAGCACCGGAAUCAUUCUGUUUGGGCACAUAAUCGAACGCGAGCUACGUAAUCGUAAUCUGAAGGCAAUGACAACUGGCCGUAAGACGAUCACUCUGCAGGAUAUCAUAGCCAGAACGACAGAUACACUGGACUUUUCGGAACGGGUCAUCAAAUGGGAACUGGGCUACGGACACCUGGUAGUGGCCACUGCUCAUCAAGUUCAUAUUUUCAACGAGAACUACAUCAACACGCCGAUCAUCAUCGACGGGCGUACGGAUAUAAAGAUCAUUGUAUUGGGGAAGAAAAAUUUCCUUCUGGUAGACAGCACUUCAAUUUGGAUCUACACCUAUACAGGAAGAUUGCACCUUAACCCGCGCUUUCCAGCAUCGCAAUCUCAGAUACCUCAUCUGAACAGUCGAUGUAUUUCUCUAGGUCUAGACACUCUGGCCAUUCGGGACUAUUCAGAUCAAUCUGUCAUACACGUGUUUGACCUACUACCGAGCGCAAGUCGUCAGGAAGAUCCCUACACCAUUCAAAGUAAAUCGCCACUGGUGGAAAUCGCCGUCUGUCGAUUUGGGAAUCCGGACGACCAAUACCUCGUCUUCAUAGAUGUAAAUAGGGAUCUGUUCAUCACGAGUGUUCGCAGCGCUCCGGAUUACACCAUCCACAAAAUUGGCACUCAAGUUUGCACCGUCAUGUGGUCUAGUGAUACCAAUAUCCUCGUCGGUUUACACGACUCCUGCUACAGUGUGUGGUACUGUCCAGGGGAGGCUUGUACCGAUCCGACCUUGAUCGCUUUGACCACUUUUACUUUCGACACCAGCGAAUUUGGUAAGAACAUUACAUUAGAGAAUUUCGAAGGAGCAAACGUAACGUUUCGUAGCUCUGGGGCCAUUUUUACCGUUUCGGUUAAAGCUUAUUGCGUUAUUUUGCAUAAACUAUUCGUCGACAAUUCCUGGGAGCGAGCUCUGAAGCUCUGCCGAUUGGUUCAAAAUCAAAUUCUAUGGGCAACGCUGGCGGCCAUGGCGUCCAAAAGAAAUCAACUGGAGAUCAGCGAAGAAGCAUUCUCGGCAGCGCUGCAAAUCGACAAGGUAAACUACUUGGCAUACAUGAAGGACUUGGACCAAUCCAGCCCGGAGCAGAUGGCGGAAAAUUCGAUUAUGAACGGCAGAAUCCAAGAGGCGGAAAUUAUAUUGCUUCACAACAAAAAGAUACAUGAAGCGAUUCGAUUCUGUUUGAGGAUGCAUCGGUGGAGCCGUGCGCUCGAAGUUGCCAGAAAGCAUGAGGUCGAUCUGGAUUUGGUUUUGAGGGAACGAAAGAAAUAUCUACACGCUCUUGGACGAGAGGAAUAUGAUCCCACUUAUUUGCAGCUACAAUAAAUUGAUCCGUUUUUUUUUUUAAGAAAUAAA